GUCACGUGAGCAGUCCCCGCCUCCCUCAAGUCAUGCCCCGCAAACGCCCGUUCAGCGCCAAGAGGAAAAAACAGCAACUCCGGGACCGGCGGGAGCGGAAACGGGGCGAUGCCCCGGGGGGGCCCGACUCGGGGCCCGGCAGCCGCAGCGGGAGCCGCGAGAGGGGCAGCGAUGGGACCCCCGGAGACCCCCCCGGGGACCCUCCGGGACCCCCCCGGCGUCACGACCCCGGCAGGUUCCGUCUCCAGCUGGGGGGGCCCCGGGCACAGGCCUUGGCUCAGCGCCGGCGUCGGGCACAGGAGGAGCCCCUGGAGCUGCUCCCGGAGAGCGCCCUGGAGCUGGACCCCGACACCAUCUACGGGCCUGGGCUGGAUUUCCCCCGGAGACCCCCCUGGAGCUUCGCCAUGAGCCCCCAGGAGCUGCGGGCGCGGGAGGAGGAGGCGUUUGGGGCCUUCCUGAGGAGCCUCCGGGACGGGAACCCCCCCGGGGGGGCUCAGGAGGGGGGGGACAGCCAGGAGGACGAGGAGGGGGCGGGCCUGGCACCCUUUGAGCACAACCUGGAGACGUGGCGGCAGCUCUGGAGGGUUCUGGAAAUGUCCGACAUCAUCCUGCUCAUCACCGACGCCCGGCACCCGGUGCUGAACGUGCCCCCCGCCCUGGCCUCCCACGUGACCCAGGAGCUGGGCAAGGGGCUCAUCCUCAUCCUCAACAAGGUGGACCUGACCCCCCCCGCCGUGGCCACCGCCUGGACCCACCUCCUGCGGCACCGCUUCGCCCCCGCCCGCGUCGUGCCCUUCACCUCCGCCCCCUCCCGCGGGACCCCCGCCCCCGGGCUGCGGCGGCAGCGGAGGCGGGGAGGGGGCGGCUGGAGCCGGGCGGUGGGACCCCGACUGCUGCUCGAGGCCUGCGAGGGCAUCGUGGGGGGCGAAGUGGACCUGAGCAGUUGGCGGGCGCGGCUGGAGCGGGCGGAGCAGCAGCAGGAGGAGGAGGAGGAGGAGGAAGAGGAGGAGGAGGAAGAGGAGGAGCAGCCGGAAGGGGCGGAGGACGAGGACGGACACGGGGACGGCCCCGCGGCCCCGCCCCGGCAGUGGGAGCGGUACCGGCACGGCGUCCUCACCCUGGGCUGCGUCGGGCUCCCGAACGCGGGCAAGUCGUCGGUGGUGAACGCCCUGAUUGGCCGCAGCGCCGUGGGCGUGUCCCGCACCCCCGGCCACACCCGCUACUUCCAGACCCACUUCCUGACGCCCACGGUGCGACUCUGUGACUGCCCCGGGCUCGUGUUCCCCUCCAGGGCACCCCCAGAGCUCCAGGUCCUGGCAGGGGUGUACCCCAUCUCCCAGCUGCAGGAGCCCUACACGGCCGUGGGGUAUUUGGGGUCCCGCCUGGCCCUGCCCCCCCUCCUGCAGCUCCGCCCCCCGAACGGCCCCGCCUGGACCGCCUGGGACCUGUGUGAAGCGUGGGCAGAGAAGCGGGGGUACCGCACGGCCCGCGCCGCCCGCCCCGACGUGUACCGGGCGGCCAACGCCCUGCUCAGACUGGCGGCCGAGGGGCGGCUGCGGCUCUGCCUCAGACCCCCGGGCUUCACCCAGGAGAGGGAGCUGUGGGAGCAGCACCCCGACACGGCCGCCCUGGCAGCGCUGACGGAGGCGGGGGGAGCCCCCCAGAACCCCCCCGGGGAGGGGUCGCCCUCGGAGGGGGAGGAGGAGGAGGAGGAAGAGGAUGAUGAAGAGGAGGAAGGGGAGGAGCCUGGUGAGGCCACACCCCCUCCCGGCCACGCCCCCAACCCCUUUGCCCUGCUAGGGGAGGAUGAGUGUUAGCCACGCCCGUUUUGUGGGCGGGGCCAUCGCCAGGCCACGCCCCCCCCCCGACACUAAUGCCAUGUAUGGAAUAAAGGGAGGUUUAUUUGUGCA